CUGACUGGUACGCUUUACAAACGGUGAACAAUUGUGUAACAUAAAGGAGUAUUUGUUUUGCUGAGCGGAAACCUGCAUGACGAAGUUUAAGGCAGCAAGGAGCCUAUGCGGCAAUUACAUAUUGAUACCAUGGAUGAUUACACGAAACACUUCGAAACACCAGGAAACAAAAACUGGCUCAAAGGAGCAGUUGCAGUGAACAUUACAAAACGUGGACUAGCUUCGUUCGCGUGUCAGGUCUGUGACGAAAUUCGGGUACACAAUUUAAAAUUAGCAUUGAAACAAUUAUUUCCUGAUCUUUGUGGGAAUUGUUCAAUUGUUGAAGCUAUACCGUGUGACCCUGCAAACACCAUCUGUAAUGCAGGAAAGUGCCUCUUUCACAAUGGGCGUGUUUUCCGUCCGUGUCCCAUAGUGAAAUGUAACAACUAUCGUAAUACCAUCAGCGAUAAGAUUACUAAAGGAAUAGAUAUAGGAGUUACUUGCAAAAGCUGCAAUACACCAGAAAUUGUCCAUUGUAAUCCCAAAAAUAGAGUCUGCAAUCAUGGAAGGUGCAAAUUCCAUCAUGACCCAACCACUAAAAAAGUAAUCCUUAAUAAACCGUGCCUGAAAAACAUUUGCGAUACACUUCGAAAUGCUAUAGAACAUUCACACAGGUUUAGUAAUCCAUCUUGGAAGAAUACCGAUACAAGAAAAUGGUGUGUCAACGCCUGGGAUAUUGCCAAGUGCUUUAUGCCUCCAGAUGGCUACGCUGACGUAGACAAUCAGGACGACACUGACUUGAACGGGAUAAUCAGCGUCUUCAUUAACUGUGAAGAGAUCCAACCCUAUUUUACAGCUGAUUUGUCCCAUGCACAGAACAUUUGCGUGAAGGUUCGUGAAGUUGGGAAGCGCCUUCGCCACGCUCCAGGGCUGGAUGUGAAUGACGCCGACCUCAAAAACUGGUUCUCUGAUCUAAAAGCCUUAUUUUGUGACGUAACGUUCAACACCGCAUGUCCUAAUGCGCAAACUGCCAUUGACCAGCUAGAAAAGCUUGAAAAUGACGAUUUAAAGAUCGAACGUUCAGAUAUUAUUGCAGCCAUCAAAGACUCCGUGAGCUGUUUGAAAAGGCUGAAGCCUUCGUUUGAUCCCGAAGCGCUUGACGACAUACGUCAUCAAAUUGGUAUCCUUGAAAAUACACUCGAGGAAGUAAUUGCGGAAGGAAUACACAAGCUUGAGAGAGCCACUGAAGCUGGCGUCAAGGACAUCGUGCAUGCAACAGAGGAAGGACGGGAAGAUAUCAGGGACGAAAUAAACAGAGGCAUAGUAACUAUACGAGGCUCGAGUGAAACAAGCGAAAUUGCUGUAGAUGAAUUUACUAGAGAGCUUAAGAAGAACCUAAUUAACUAUCAUCGGAAAUACAACUCCACGUUAACACUUGGUCCUGUCCUCGAGCUUCAUGAUGCGAAACUAGAGGACUUCUAUGUGCCGCCUAAGAUAGUGAAAAGGAACCUAAUUAACUAUAAUCGCGAAUACAUCUCCACAUUAACACAUGGUCCUGCCUUCGAGCUUGAUGAUGCGGGACUCGAGGACUUCAAUGUGCCGCCAAAGAUUGUGAAAAACAUACAAGUUGCAUUAGACAAUGUAGAAGAAGGACACGGAUAUACCUCAGGAACUAUUACAACAUUUGAGCAGUUGUUUGAUUCCAAACAAAUCGUAGUCAUAACGGCGGACGCUGGGGUUGGAAAAACAUCAUUAUGUAAGUUUUUAGUUGUUUUGUGGUGCGAAGAACAAGCCGAAAGUGAUAAGGUUAUAUCCAAAUUCAAAACAUCUGACAUCUUUUUAAGCGAUACCGAAUACUUAAAACGAUUUACUUACUUGUUCUAUAUUCCUGGUCAAUGUAUAAAAUCCGAUAAUAUCGAAGAUAUCAUUUAUUCACAUACAAAACUAGUUCAUACUGAUUUGCGAAUAAAGAAUAAGUCAUUCGAUGAAAUGUUGUCAAAAGAAAAUGGUUUAAUUUUGUUAGACGGUUUGGAUGAAAGUUUUGUUUCGUCUAUUAAUCCCAUACCAGCAAACAGGAAAUAUACUGUUGUCUUAACAAUGCGCACAUGGAAGCUUGCAAACAUUACACUUCCCAGUAAACGUUCAUAUCAAAGUGUUCAGAUUGAAAACAUGGACGCAACUGCAUCAACAAAUCUUGUGUGUCAUGCAAAUGAUUGUUUAAACAAAUAUGCUGGUACCUUAUAUGACAUCGAAGAUUUCAUGUCUGCAGUGAAAAGUUACUAUGUAGAUACACUGCUUCUAAACCCCAUGUUUUCCAUUCAGUUGCUAUGUGUGUAUCACGACAGACGAAAUGCCAUUAUGUCCCGCACAAAAGGGUUUUUAACAGACACACAAGGUAUUGAUUAUGGAACACCUACUAACCUCGGUAAAACUAGGUCGCAUAUAUUUGCGUACAUUAUUGAAAUGUUGUUGCAAAACGUUCAAGAGACGGACAAAGAAGCAGUCAAGCAAUUAAAUCAGUCGUAUGCGAUGGCGAUUAAUAUGAGAGAUUCUCUUCCUAUUUGCUUUCGUGAGAAUACUCUAAUAUACAAUGAAUUGGCAAAUUUCAUUCUUCAUAUAGGCGAGCUUGCAUUUAAUUGUUUAAUGAACGAAGAUAACGAUGUUAUAAGGGAGCACGAAAUGAAGAAUUAUCUUUCCUCAGAGGAAAUAUACGUACUUCUUAAAUCCGGACUUCUAACAGCAACAAACACAGAAACAUUCACUACAAAAAGUGUUAUGUAUUCUUUUUUGCAUCAAACCUACAAGGAAAUGCUUGCGUGCGUUUAUUUAUCUUCUCUUUCCAUUGAAUGUGAAAAAUGGCAACGGUUUGAACAGCGAAUAGGGAUCAAAUUAUCACCUGAUAUGCUGUCCUUCUUGUGUGUGAUGAACUACACACAGGGAUGCAGGUGUUUCGAUAUAUACCAAGCUGUAAAAAGAACGUUUCUUAGAGAUGAUACAAUGUACAUUUCUGAGCUGACAGACUACCAAACUGCUGUUCAAAUGGCGUAUGACGAAUGCCGCAAAAAUGGUAUUGCUGUUCCUCAGCUCUUUUUAAAACAUGCAAUUUUUGGAAAAUACUCAGAGGUCAAAAUAGAUCCCGCUUUAUUGCAAAGAAGUUACAUUUCCAUUGAAUCGGUAGCAUUCAUAGACCAGAAUGAGUGCCUUGACCUCUCACAUUAUCAGAACCUUCGGGAACUGUAUCUAAGCAGCAUUCAAUUCACAGACGAUGUGCAUUUAGAUAUCAGUGGUCUAAGAAAUCUCUUUAAAAUAUAUAUUCAAGUCUGUCGCCUGGCACGAGUCACCAUUAACCCAUCUUGCAUACAUACAUUUUGGAUUUUCAUGGGGCAAGAGUUUAAACAGGAGGUGCCGCCCAUGAAUGUGUCAUUUGAUGGCGGGGAACAUUUCUCCAGCAGCUUACAAAACCUCUGCUUGUCGAACCUCAUUGUGAGCGAUCCCGCUGACCUCUUACAUUGUCAGAAUCUACACGUAUUGCAGAUUCACAAAAUCAAUUUCCCAACAGACGCGCAUUUGGAUCUCAGCGGUCUAAUAUAUCUUACCGAUAUAUAUUUAACGAAUAAUCGUUUGGCUCAUAUCACCAUCGAUACGUCUUCCCUAGAGGAAUUAUGGAUUUCUUUGACAAAAGAGUUGAUAGAAGAAAUACCACCCAUGAAAGUAUCAUUUGAUGGCCGGCAAGAGUUUUCCAGCAAUCUAAAAAUCCUUAGCUUAGUAUACGUUGAUAUGGAGGUUCCCCUUAACCUGUUACAUUGUAAGAAGUUACAGAAAUUGCUGGUUCACAGCAUUUAUUUCACAACAGACGCGCAUCUAGAUCUCAGCGGUCUCACAAAUCUAAUUGAUAUAGAGAUAAACAACAAUCACCUGGUCCAUGUCACCAUCAAUCCAUCUCCCCUAGAGAGGUUUUGGACUUCCGUUACGCCAGCAUUGAUACAGGAGAUACCGCCCAUGAAGGUAUCAUUUGAUGGUGGGGAACAGUUCUCCAGCAGCUUACAAAAGCUCAACUUAUCGAACAUCACUAUGGACGAUACCGCUGACCUCUUACAUUGUCAGAAUCUACAGGAAUUGCAGGUGAACAACAUUAUUUUCCCAACAGACGCGCAUCUUGAUCUCAGCGGUCUUACAAAUCUCUCCGAAGUAUAUUUAAUGAGUAAUCGUUUGGCUCGUAUCACCAUCAAUACGUCUUCCCUAGAGACGUUAUGGAUUUUCUUGACAAAAGAGUUGAUAGAGGAAAUACCGCCAAUGAAAUUAUCAUUUGAUGGCCGGCAACAUUUAUCCUGCAGUUUAAAACAACUUAGCUUAGUAAACGUUAUUUUGGAGGUUCCCCUUAACCUGUUACAUUGCAAGCAUUUAGAGAAAUUGCUUGUUGUCAACAUUCCUUUCCCAACAGACGCGCACUUGGAUCUCAGCGGUCUAAUAUAUCUUUCCGUGGUAUAUUUAACGAAUAAUCGUUUGGCUCGUAUCACCAUCAACACGUCUUCCCUAGAGACGUUAUUGAUUUCUUUGACAAAAGAGUUGAUAGAGGAAAUACCGCCAACGAAAAUAUCAUUUGAUGGCCGGCAAGAGUUCUCAUGCAAUCUAAAACACCUUAGCUUAGUAAACGUUGUUAUGGACGGUCCCCUUAACCUCUUACAUUGCAAGAAUUUACAGAAAUUGUUGGUUGACAAUAUUCCUUUCACAACAGGCGCGCAUCUAGAUCUCAGCGGUCUCACAAAUCUAAUCGAUAUAGAGAUAAAGAACAGUCACCUGGCCCAUGUCACCAUCAACCCGUCAGCCCUAGAGACGUUUUGGACUUACGUAACGCCUGCAUUGAUACAGGAGAUACCGCCCAUGAAAGUAUCAUUUGAUGGUGGGAAACAGUUCUCCAGCAGCUUACAAAAGCUCAACUUAUCAAACCUCACUAUGGACGAUACCGCUGACCUCUUACAUUGUCAGAAUCUACAGAUAUUGCAUAUUAACAACAUUAAUUUCCCAACGGACGCGCAUUUGGAUCUCAGGGGUCUAAUAUAUCUUACCGAUAUAUAUUUAACGAAUAAUCGUUUAGCUCGUAUCACCAUUAACACGUCUUCCCUUGAGACUUUAGCUAUUUCUUUGACAACAGAGUUGACAGAGGAAACGCCGCCCAUGAAAGUGUCAUUUGAUGGCCGGCAAGAGUUCUCCUGCAGUCUAAAAAACCUAGGCUUAAAAAACGUUGUUAUGGAGGUUCCACUUUACCUCUUACAUUGCAAGAAUUUACAGUAUUUGCUGGUUCACAACACUCCUUUCACAACAAACGCGCAUCUGGAUCUCAGCGGUCUCACACAUCUUAUCCGGCUAGAUAUUGUGAACACAACCUUUGACCAUGUCACCCUGAACACAUCAUCACUUGAAGAGUUCUGUGCCACCAUACGGCCAGAUUUGAUCAAGAGAAUGUCUCCCAUAAAGGUGUCGUUUGAUGGCGAGGAACAAUUUUGCAGCAGUCUUAAAAAACUAUGCUUAGUCAACGUCAUUAUGGAUGCUCCUCUUGACCUCUUACAUUGUAACAAUCUACAGGAAUUGCAGUUAUGCAACGUUUCUUUCACAGAAGACGCGCAUCUGGAUCUCAGCGGUCUUACAAAUCUUUCCCUUAUAUCUAUAAUGUACGACCGCCCGACCCGUGUCACCAGGAAAAUAUCUAUAAUAGAGACGAUCUGGUCUUAUAUAAGGCCUGAGUCGAUUAAGGAGACACCACCCAUGAAAGUGUCAUUUGAUGGCAGGGAACAGUUCUCAGAUAGUGUACAAAUUCUCUACUUAGCAAACAUCCUUAUGGAGGUUCCUCUUGACCAUUUAUAUUUUCAGAAUCUACAGGAAUUACACAUUGAAAACAUACCUUUCACAACAGACGCGCAUCUUGAUCUCAGUGGUCUCACAAAUCUCUACAAGAUCACAAUACGGAACAAUCGCUUGGCUCACGUCACCUUAAACCCGUUUUUCCUAAAGACUUUCUUGACUUACAUAAAGCCUGAGUUGUUAAAGGAGAUACCGCCAAUGAAGGUGUCAUUUGAUGAUGGGGAACAGUUUUCGAGUAGUCUACAGAACCUCAGCUUAGUGAACGUCCUUAUGGAGGAUCCCUUUGAUCUCUUAAAUUGUCAGAACCUAAAACAAUUGGUUGUUAUCCACAGUCAUUUCAGGAAAGAUACACAUCUCGACCUCAGCGGCCAAAGAUACCUUUCCAAUAUAAAUAUUCAGAACAGUCGCCUAGCCAACGUAACAAUAAACCCGUCUAUGGUACAAGAGUUUUUGAUAUACUUUAGGAGUGAUUUGAUACAAGAUACACUGCCACUGAAUAUCUCGUUAGUUGGCGGGUCCCAAUUCUCGAGAAGUCUACAAACACUGAUUUUAGAGAACGUCACCUUAGAUUCCCCCCUCGAUUUCUCACAUUGUCAGGAACUACAGGUACUUAAUCUUAACCUAAUUGAAUACUCUGCUGAUUCGUGCCUUUAAAAUGAUGGCCGUACACAUCCAUCCAAAACAUUUUUACGGAGUAGCCGCCUGAUACACAUCACAUUUAACUGUUAAUAGGUACAGUAUGUAUUUGAUCCACAGUGAAGAUACAUUAGGCCUAUACAAGUUCAGCCAUAUAUCGUUUGUUUAUAUAUGUAUUGGAUCAUUUAAUCAAGUACUUUCUUUGAUGAAACAUCAUAGAUUCGACCGCAGUCGAAUAUCAUAUCACUACGCAAAUGUGUCAUUAUUUCGAUCGGCUUGUUUUUUGGAAUACACAACGUUUUCAGCAAUAAUUUAUUUAGAUUCUUCAUUUAUGCAGUUUUAAAGGAAGUUUCCUCAAGAAAUAAUUGUAAAGUUUGUCAGAAUGAAUUUGGCAUUGUUGAAUAUGGGCUAGUUUCUGUGCAACUCACAAUAAUUAUUGCAGUACAGAACUGUUUGUUAAAAUAAAUUCAUCACACAUUUCUAAAGGAUUUAUGAAAUAUAUUGGGGCUGACACAAUACUAUCGCAUACAACGUUUAACAAUCGUGAGGUGUUUUCAUAGACUGGCUCGUACGUGUAUUUUUGCUAGUAUGCAUUUUUUAUUGCAGGUGUUCAAAUACACUGAUUCAAUACGUAAUAUAUUGCUAUGCAAUGUAUACUAGAUUCAGUUAUUUUUGCAAUAGAGCAAUAUAUUAAUAACAUAUAGCUAUAUCAGGUCAUAUUUGGAUAUUAAUAUCACUGGUAUUUUCAUGACUUUGUGUAAAUACUACUCAUGUAAAUAUAUUAUGUUUGGUUUCUAUUUUUUAAUCCGAUUUUAUUGAGUGGGCAUUAUUUACAUAUUUAUGUGUUUAAUACGGGUAUAUAUUCACUAAUGUAUAAAUUGAUUGUAUGUCGUCGGAUAUUUAUAUGAUUUUUGGAAUUGAAAUAUUAUAAAACUGUUUGCACUACGCUAUAAGUAAUGCCAUGUUGUUGUCUGUAACAAUCAUAAACUGUAUGCAUGUAUGUAGAUGUAAUUGCUGAUUGUUUUAACGACAUAUCUGUUACAUACCAUUAUGAUUGUUAUACUGUGUAAUAUGAUACUAUUAUAAUACCGGACUUAUUAUUUUUAAACAAUUUCUAAAUGAUCAUUUUAAAAUAAAUGAAUAGUAUUCUUAAAGUAGUGUGUUUCUUUCUGUGCGAAAACAAAACAACUAUGCUAAAGAGCAUGCUACGCUGCAUGUCCCGUGCGUUUUAUAUUCAUUUAAUGAUAUUACCCACGCUUCUAAUGGUUUACUCAACAUAAACAUUUUAUUAGCUAGA